UAUUGUGCCAAUUUUAUUUCAGUAUUUAUUUACACAAUGAGUCAUCUCAUCUUUAAUAUAGAUAUAAACAUUUUAAAAUAUGUAAAAACAAUAAAAAUUUCAUUUAUCGCAAACGAUUUUUUAAGAAGGCUGGGAUUUGGAGAGAUUCCAACUGUAGCCACAAGUGCCUGUAUAUCUAGCCAGAUUCCACUGAACCCUAUUGUAUCUGAAAAUUCCGUAAUUGGGGCUUUUCUUGACAGCCUCAACACACUCUUCUGGAAGGGAAAACAUUUUAAGGGAAAAUUUAUACCAAGUAAAUGGAAAUGGUACCACAGACAUGGAUACUGGGCAACAAGGAAGAAGAAAUUAAAGUUUGAUACAUAUAGAAGGCAUAGAUACCAUGAGGUCAGAGGACCAGGUCCAAGACCACCAAGUAAAUGGGAAGAUCAGUCUUUCUUUAAACCUUUAAGGCAAUCGGUUAAAUUUUGGUAAUUCAUAUU